ACUGCUGAAUGAUUUUCAUAUCCCCCAAUCAUCAUUUGCAGGUGAACAAUGCAGGAAUUCUUGCUGCGGAAACAGAUCGUGAUGCUUUUACAGCUGCUGCCAGUAAGAUACAUGCGGGUGAACAAUUCAACUGGAGUGCACUCACAACUGAAACAUAUGAGUUGGCUGAAGAAGGCCUUAAAACAAACUACUUUGGUGCCAAAAUGAUGUGUGAAACAUUUAUUCCCCUCCUCCAGUUAUCUGAUUCACCAAGAAUUGUUAGUGUUUCUGCCUCCAUUGGGAAAUUACAGAAUCUAUCAAAUGAAUGGGCGAAAUCGAUCUUAAGUGAUGCUGAAAACCUUACAGAAGAGAGAGUGGAUGAUGUAUGCAUUUGUUACUGGGGCAAACAAAGCUUGCGUAUCACUCCAGAAUCUCAACCAUACGAAAGCGCAUUUAAAAUGUAUGCGGUGGUUACCGGGGCAAACAAGGGGAUUGGACUGGGAAUAUGCAAGCAGUUAGCUUCCAAAGGAGUGACUGUUGUUUUGACUGCUAGAGAUGAGAAAAGGGGCAUUGAAGCUGUAGAAAAGCUCAGAGAAUCUGGUCUCUCUGACUUUAUCCUUUUUCAUCAACUUGAUGUUGCAGAUCCUGCUAGUAUUGCUUCUCUGGCAGAUUUCAUCAAAUCCCAGUUUGGAAAGCUUGAUAUCUUGGUGAACAAUGCAGGAAUUCGUGGUGCCAUAGCAGAUGAUGAUGCCAUAAAAGCUUCAGAUUUUGGAAAGCCUGGUGCACAAGUCAACUGGACUCAGAUGCUUACUCAAACACAUGAGUUAGCUGAAGAGGGCCUCAAAACAAACUACUAUGGUGCCAAAAGAAUGUGUGAAGCACUAAUUCCCCUCCUCCAGUUAUCUGAUUCUCCAAGAAUUGUGAACGUUUCUUCCUCCGCAGGAAAGUUAGAGUAUGUAUCAAAUGAAUGGGCGAAAGCAGUCUUAGGUGAUGUUGGAAACCUUACUGAAGAGAGAGUGGAUGAGGUAUUGAGCCAAUACCUGCAAGAUUAUAAAGAGGGUUCAUUGGAAACCAAAGGCUGGCCUGCUUAUUUGUCUGCCUAUAAACUCUCAAAAGCUGCCAUGAAUGCGUACACAAGGAUUCUGGCCAAGAAGUAUCCGGGUAUCUGCAUCAAUUGUGUCUGCCCUGGAUAUGUCAAAACUGACAUAAACUAUUAUAGUGGAAUCCUGAGUGUUGAAGAAGGUGCUGAAGGUCCUGUUAGAUUGGCUUUGCUGCCCCAUGGUAGCCCUUCCGGUUUCUUCUUCGAGCAACUGGAAGAAGAAGAAUUCUGAUGAGUUUGUGGGAGAAGUUUAUGUUUUUCCUGUGUUUGUAGCUUUUUUUUUUUUUUUUUUUUUUUUUGAAGUGCAUGGAAAAAGUACAUUAAUAGUAUAAUGUGAUCCAUCAUCACUUAUGAUAAUAGAGUUAUUUAUAUUUU